UCCAACUCUACUUUCUUUCUCGUGAAUCCCUCUCUCUCUCUCUCUCUCUCCUGCUUCUUGAAUCCCAUUUGCCAAACCCUAGCCCUAAUCCCGUCUCUUCUCCUGUUUCGAUUCUCAACCGAUUCAUACCUCAAGGCUUGCAUUCCGAGUUCGAUUUUGACCUUCACUCCGGCAUCUACGUUCUUGUCUCGAGCUUUGAAUCCCGUUGCAAUCUCAUAUUUCAGAGUCCAUCGCCGACGAAGUGGGGGGUACGAAUUAUGCUGAAUAAGAAGAGAUUCGGCAAGUACCUUAAGACCUUCACUCCGGCAUCUACAUUCUUGUCCCGUUGGUUGACCGGAUCGCAUAUGUCCACACUCUCAAGGAAGAGGCCAUCCCAAUUCCUAACCAGUUUGCGAUCACCUAGGACGAUGCCAGCACCCACAUCGACGAAGUCCUCUAUUGAUUCAGUCGGCACAGAUGGGAGUGAACUGGGGAAGAUCACGCUGGACAAGACUUUUGAGAGAGGGGACACACUCCGAGAACAAUGUGAGAAGAGGAGGGCUGAGGCUGCAAGGAUCCUGGAGAAGCAUCGUGAUAGGAUUGCAAUGGUGGAGAUCCCCUUCUUUGCAAUCUUUGUCCAAGGGCUUUCCAUCCAGAUUUUCUUGUUGUCAAGUAUUCCACAAGGAUACUGGUAUUGCCGAUAUCGUCAUAAUCUUCAUCAACGAGAGAAGUGUUUGGAUAGUAAUACUAAUGCAAUUGCAAUUGCUGCUGGGAGGGUUGCUUGAGAUUAUCCUAUAUAUAUAGAGCAAAUAUU